ACGCGCCGUCCUCGACUUUCCUUAGUCGUGUGUCUUUCAUAUUCUUUAACUCUUCAUCACGUUCACUGCUACCUAAUCGCCAGCAACAAACACUUUUUGAUCCGACGUCACCGCAUACAAGCUCAUUGCUACCUCAUCACACUUGCUACCACUGCCGGACAGUGACCACUACUUCUGAUUACACCCACACUCGCAAUGGCGGCAUCAUCUGUAUCGACGGGUGCCGAAACCCUCAAACCCAGCAACAUUGAAAUUCCUACCACGGGCAGCACCGCUGCAGCGGAGGAUGAAGGUCCCACAUCACCGCGUUCAUGGCGACAUCGAACAGUCACAUACCAACCUCCUUCGCGUAUUCAGACAACAGGCAGUCUCGAUGCCGAGGAUUACUUCGUCGGCCCUCGUGAUAUGGCCAAGCACUCGAAGUGGCCCUUCUUCAUGCGCAUGCACGGUUCCGUGCUGCCAAAGAUGCUUAUUCCCCUCAUCGUCGUCACCCUUUGGUCUACCUUGAUUACUUGCCUCUCGAAGUUCCUACACCACCCUCUGAAUGUCAGCAGCUUGUUGCUCACCGUUCUCGGUUUCGUUGUCGGUCUCGCGAUCUCUUUCCGCACUAGUUCCGCCUAUGAGCGAUACAUGGAGGGCAGAAAAUACUGGAGUCAAAUUCAACUUGUGAGUCAGAACUUGGCCCGUACCAUCUGGAUCCACACCGAAGAGCGUGAGGGCGAGUUGGGCAAGCACGAUCUCCUGGCCAAGCUUACCGCAUUGAAUCUUCUUAACGCAUACGCAUGUGCCAUCAAGCACAGACUCCGAUUUGAGCCUGGUAUUGACUACCCUGACCUCAAGGAGCGCAUUGAGUACCUCGAUACAUUCGCCAAGGCUGCUGAAGUCGACAUCCCUAAGGCUCGCGAGUACAGCAAGCUGAAGUCUACCGGAGAAUUCCUGGGCGUCACCUUCGCUGAGUCGAACCCCCGCAAGAGGAUUAAGCGCUCCAAGAAGCCUCUCGGCAACCUGCCUCUUGAGAUUUUGAACCACUUCUCUACGUACGUUCACAGCAUCAUCAGCAACGAGACCCUCAAGAUCGGUCUCUACCAAAACCAAGCUAUCACUGGUGUUGUCGCUCUCAAUGAAUGCCUUGUCGGUCUCGACCGUGUGCUCAACACUCCCCUUCCCAUCGCCUACUCCAUUGCCAUCUCCCAGAUCACCUGGGUCUACGUCAUGGUCCUGCCCUUCCAGCUCUUCGCCUCGCUCGAAUGGAUCACCAUCCCCGGAACCAUCUUCGCCGCGUACAUCAUCCUCGGUCUCUCAGCCAUCGGUCGCGAAAUCGAGAACCCCUUUGGCCACGACGUCAACGAUCUGCCACUCGAGGCUUUCUGCGAAGAGUUGGAGAUGGACAUCGAUUGCAUCACUGCACAGCCUGCGCCCGUCCCUGCCGAGUUCAUGACCCGCGAGGGCAACAUGCCCAUCUGGCCGCUCAGCUACAAGAGCUUCAGCGGCUGGGCGGCGCGCAGCAAGCAGGACGUUCGCGACGCGCUGCUGACCAAGACCAAGGCGGAUAUGCAGGUCAGGAGGAGCUUUGCCAUCGCGCGGACCGAGAGCAACGAUGAGAAGGCGAGCCAUAACGUGCAGCAGCUGCACCAGGAUGCGCAGGCGUAAGCGGCAACGAGAUGAGUGCGGUAGAUUGUACGAGGGCAUGGAGCGCCGAUCAGUCUUUCUCUCUUUUCUGCGUGCAUAGCGAUGGGUAAUGGCGUUUUCGGUUGCCCUGAUUUCCUCUUCUCUUUGCGGAGAUCCUCCGGCAGAGUCCUGUUAUAUUAUCAUAGUGGCGGUUGUGCCUAUGUGCAUGCGCUCGCAUUAGACUCGGUAAAAGUUGUCAAUUACUUCGCAUGUCGUUUUCGUUAUCAUUGCUGUUUUCCAUCCAUGCCUGCUGCAUUAUCAUUCUAUUCCGUGUCCGCCCUGACGCCAUAGCUUCUGUCCACCCGUAUGCCUUGCUGAGGGCGAGCAAUUCCUGCCUAGCUGUCAUUGUCACCAAAACAGCAUCUCGCGUCAGC